AUGGAUGAUAAGAAGUCAAAUGAAGACCUUUUAGGAGAACACAACUCUACAUCAAUUAUAGAGUGUGCAGCGCGUUGUCAAAAAGAGUGUAGUUUCUAUGGGUUUAAUCCCAAUAUGAAGAAAUGUCGUACCCACAAGAAGAUUUUUACGUCGGGGAAGUCUAAUGAGAGUGGAUGGAGAUACUACUUAAAUAACGUUAUUAUCAUAGACUGUAAGGAUCUUCAAGCAGAUGGAUACUUUAAUUCAGGGGUGUAUGAAAUCUACCCCUCUGGGACCAUUACAAGUCCUGUCCAGGCGUACUGCGAUAUGACCAAAAUGGGUGGGGGAUGGACGGCAAUUCAAAAGAGAAUUACUGGAUCCCUGAGCUUUGACAGGACCUGGACAGAAUAUAAAAACGGAUUUGGUUCACCAGAACAGGAUGUCUGGAUUGGAAAUGACGUAAUUCAUCAAUUAACAAAAGAAAACCCAUCAUCUCUGUAUGUGUCCAUCUCUCUACAGAAUGGUACAACUCUGUAUGAAAUGUAUGACGGAUUCUCUGUCUCCGAUGAAGCUGGAAAAUAUCAACUCUUUCUCGCAGGACCUGCCACAAGAACCUUGGGUGACAGUAUGUUAGACACCGGUGAUUCUAACAGAGAUCUGUCUGGGAUGUAUUUUUCCACCCCAGACAGAGACAAUGACAGGUAUAGUGCUAACUGUGCUGAUCUCAGUUACAUUAGAGGAGGCUGGUGGUUUAACUACUGUGGCUUCGCUCACCUUAACGGUCUCUGGUCCUCAGAGUCCUGGCGCUGGCCAUGGUAUCGUACAGUAAUGGUGGGGAUAUCAGUGAAUGGGACUACCAUGAUGAUCAGACGUCACUAG